AUGGCCACCACCCAAACCCUCUUCACAAUCCCCAUACCACCCCUAAAAGCCCACCCAGGCGGAACCAUAACCUGCACCCUCCCGGCGCCGCAAACCUACCUCCUAACCAUAUCCUCCCCGCCCGACAACCGGCUCACACCCCCCUGCUGCGCCGCCCUCCUCUCGGCCCUUGACCAAAUCGAAUUUGUCCACGCCACCAGCACCCAGGGCGUAGUGAUAACCACUUCCUCGAUCCCGAAGUUCUAUUCCAACGGGCUAGACCUCGAGCUGGCUCUCGGCACGCCCGGUUUCGUCGAAAAAAGUCUGUACCCCUUAUUCCGGCGUUUCUUGACGUUUCCUAUGCCCACCGUUGCUUUAAUCAACGGACACUGUUUCGCCGGAGGGUUGAUGCUAGCCAUGCACCACGAUUACCGCGUCUUUAGCGGCGAGAAGGGGUACAUGUGCAUCAACGAGCUGGACUUUGGGUCACCGCUCUUGCCGCCUAUGGCGGGGAUUUUCCGAGAGAAGUUACGGCCGGAUGUGUACCGGCACAUGGUGUUGGAGGCGCGUCGGUGGGAUGCCAGGGCGGCGCUGGAGGCGGGGAUUGUGGAUUCGGUGGAGGGGAUAGAGGGGGUGAUGGGCUUGAUUACGGAGAGGGGACUGGCGACCAAGGGCAAGACGGGUGUGUAUGGGCUGAUCAAGGAGGAGAUGUACCGUGGGCAGAUUGCGUUGCUGGAUGCGACAGGGAAGGAUGUGGUGAAUGUCAAGGAUUUAAUGGUUGCGGACCUGAAGCGGAAGAAGGAGGGGAAGGCAAAGGCCGAGAAGGCGAAGUUGUAA